UCCCUCCUUAACCCUGCCCCUUUCUCUCUUAUGCCUGCAACUUCUACUCUCCACUUAACUCUCGUUACACACCACUGAACUGCUCAGGUUGUGACAGCGGGCUUCAUCAGGCAGAGAUGCCGGCUGAGGAAUUCAUAAGGACGGCUGUGCUUUGCGCUCUGAUACUGAAACACUGCCAUGCGGAGCCCGCGCAUGACCAGAAUCCCGUGCCCGAAUCCUCUCUGCUCAAACCCAAAGUAAUGAUCGCGAUCCUGGCUCGGAACUCAGCGCACAGUCUGCCGUACUACCUGGGCUGCAUCGACAGGCUGGACUACCCGAAGGAACGGAUUGCAAUAUGGGCUGCAACAGACCAUAAUGUGGACAAUACUACAGCAAUACUGAGAGAAUGGCUGAAGAACAGGCAGAGCAGAUACCAUUACGUUGAGUGGAGGCCCAUGGAGGAGCCAAGGUCAUACACGGACGAGUGGGGGCCGAAACACUGGUCACCGUCUCGUUUCAAUCACAUAAUGAAGCUUAGGCAGGCGGCGUUGAAGAGUGCACGAGAGCGCUGGGCUGAUUAUAUACUGUUUGUUGACAGUGAUAAUCUCCUGACUAACCCACGGGUGUUAAAUCUAAUGAUGGCUGAGAAUCUGACACUGGUGGCACCCAUGUUGGACUCCCGAUCCCUCUACUCAAACUUCUGGUGUGGCAUCACCCCUCAGGGUUAUUACAAGCGUACUCCAGACUACCAGCCUAUCCGUGAGUGGAAGCGUUUGGGCUGUUUCCCCGUUCCUAUGGUUCACUCCACCUUCCUACUGGAUCUGAGACGCAGCACCACACGAGAGCUGGCUUUCUACCCACCUCACCCUGACUACAGCUGGGCAUUUGAUGAUAUCAUGGUCUUUGCAUUCUCAGCUCGAGAAGCUGGUGUACAAAUGUAUGUAUGUAACAGAGAGCACUACGGGUUUCUGCCUGUACCUCUUAAACCUCAGCAGAGUGUAAAGGAUGAGGAAGAGAGUUUCACACACACCAUUACUGAAGCCCUUAUUGAUCAUAAUGUCAAGCCCUCAGCGUUUCUCUUCACUUCAGGCAAACCCCAGGACAAAAUGGGCUUUGAUGAGAUCUUUCUGAUCAAUCUGAAGCGGAGGUUGGACAGGAGGGAGCGGAUGUUGAACACCAUGGCAGUUCUGGGUCUUGAGGCCACACUGGUUGAUGCUGUAGAUGGGAAGACUUUAAAUACAUCUCAGCUUCAGGCUCUCGGUAUAGAGAUGAUACCGGGGUAUAAGGAUCCGUACUCCGGUAGGGUUUUGACACGCGGAGAAAUCGGCUGCUUCCUCAGCCACCACUAUACCUGGAAACAGGUGGUGGAGAGGGGUCUACAGCGUGUGCUGGUGUUGGAGGAUGACGUGAGGUUUGAGCCCAGAUUUAAGAGGAGGUUACGGACCAUCAUGGAGGAUGUUGAUAAAGCUCAUCUGGACUGGGACCUCAUCUAUGUGGGUCGUAAGCGGAUGCAAGUAUCCCAGCCGGAGGUGUCCGUGGAGGCUGUGAAUAACCUGGUGGAGGCAGAUUACUCUUAUUGGACUCUAGGUUAUGCUAUUUCACAGCGAGGAGCCAGAAAGCUGCUCGCUGCUCAGCCGCUUGGCAAGAUGCUCCCUGUCGAUGAGUUCCUGCCAGUCAUGUUUAACAAACACCCAAAUGUGGCAUACAUGUCUCACUUUGAACCCAGGGAUCUACGCGCAUUCUCCGUCGAACCUUUGAUGUUGUACCCGACACACUAUACGGGCCAACCUGGUUACUUUAGCGACACCGAAACUUCCACUAUUUGGGAUGAUGAAGCUGUCAGCACAGACUGGGACAGACGGUACAUCCAAAAAACUUCUCAGCAGGGACGAAUAGACCCUGUCGCCCAAAACACCGUCACAGGAGAUAUACCGGCACCUGCAUCCCGAGCCUCGCGAGAUGAACUAUGAAGAGAAAACAUCAUAUGCCGUUAACUCCAAAACAAACUCACACACCCUUAAAUUACAUCAUUGACUCACAGACAGCUUACUCCUAAAUCUCCAGCAGUCCCCACCUCUUUGGUCAAAUAUCAGCCAAUAGCACGACACCAUUGGCUUGCUGGUUGAGUUUGCACAGUCUGUGUACUGAGAGACACUUUUAUUUCCACUUUAUUUAUUUUAUCAUGCUUUCCAGAGACAUGCUUUCAUAUUCCUGGAGGGACAUUUAAAAAACCUUGAAGGAUGAACACAACAAGGCUUUCCAUAGAGACAACAGGGCUUUCUUCAACGGGACAGUGACACAGACAGACUAAUGGGAGUUAGAUUUGGGAUUGUCAGGGCAAGAACAAGGAUAUACUGUACAGAAUCUUACAAGACGUUUUUUAUACAAAAUAUAAGAACAACAGAUAUUAUUUAUGGGUAAAAUAAGACAUUUCUAAACUACAAGUAGAAAACAUCAAAACAUUGUUCGGUCAAACAUUUUUAACAGUUGACAUUGAAGGGAAUUAGCCACUUUUGUGGAGCAACAUUAAUCUUAAACUAAUCCUGUGACCUGUUAAAAUAUUAAAUAUUUGUUUAUAUCUGGAUUUUUAUGUAGCAAUUUAUGUGUUUCUAUUUAAUUUACAGUCAUCUAGUCAUUUAAAAUGUGGUUUAAACUAUGAGUUAUACAAAACAUCUUAUUGUCUUCCUGUAGAGAUGUCAAUAAUUACUUUCAGAAAUGUGAUAGACAUAUAGUUUGAAUGAGUGUUUAGUUCUACUGUGCUAUACUGUAUGUCACCUGUCAUCAUUUGUAAUGGGUUGCGGUCACCCUCAUUUCUUCACACAGCAGGCUGGCUCCUGUUUUCGGACUUCUGUGUUCUGAUUUCAUUACCUUGUUUGAGCACUGGAGAUGUUAUGGUGCUGGUGGUGGGCUGAUUUAAUAAAACUGAAUGAUCAGUACUACUCGACAUAGUUGGUAUCAAACUGGCCUAUGAUUAAUUUUGUAUCCCAGCAACCUA